AAAAAAAAAAAAAAAAGGAAAAAAAAAAAAAAAAGCCCUGCGGAUUGAUCCGGGCGAUAUUUUUGGGUAAAUACAAUCACGUGAGGACGGGCAGCCAAUGGCGCGGGGGGAAGGGCUGAAAAAAUAAUUACCUGCCCUGAUUGUUCUAUGAGCAGAUAAAAAGUACACAUAGACUUCAUACAAUAAUCCCAUGAAUGUAAAAGAGGGGGCGAGCGAACCAUGUCGGCUUCGGGCCCCAUCAGCAGCUACUACGUGGACUCGCUGAUCGGCCCCGACAACGAGGAGCUGCUGGCCCCGCGCUUCGGCCCCGGCUCCGCUCGCCCCGCCGGACUCGUCCCCGACUGCUCCGAGUUCCCCUCGUGCAGUUUCGCCCCCAAACCCGCCGUGUUCGGCACCUCCUGGGCGCCCGUGCCCUCGCAGCCCCCGGUGGGCUUCCCGCACCCGCACCCCGCGGGGCCCUACGGGCAGGCGGCCGAGCCCAGGUACGUGCGGACCUGGCUGGAGCCGCUGGCCGGGGCCGCCGUCUCCUUCCCGGCCUUCGGGGCUCGGCCCUUCGGCCUCAAGGCGGACCUGGGCCCGCGGGGCCGCGGCGAGUGCGGGGACGGGCGCGGCUUCCCGGACUUGGUGUACGCGGCUCCCGGGGAGCUGCGGGAGCGGGCGGCGCUGAGCAUCGCGUCCUCCCCCGAGUGCGAGGCCGUCGCCGCCGGCAAACACAAAGAAGAAAAGCACGAAUUAGACCCCAACAACCCCGUGGCAAAUUGGAUUCACGCGCGCUCCACGAGGAAGAAACGCUGCCCUUACACAAAAUAUCAGACCCUGGAACUGGAAAAAGAGUUUUUAUUCAAUAUGUACCUCACGCGGGACCGGAGGUACGAAGUGGCGCGGGUGCUGAACCUCACGGAACGCCAGGUCAAAAUCUGGUUUCAGAACAGGCGAAUGAAAAUGAAGAAAAUGAAUAAAGAGAAAAGCGAUAAGGAGCAGCAAUAA